GGCCCAUCAUGAGAACCUCCAAAUGAACAAAAAAAAGUCCAAAUAUUUUCACUAUAAAAAGUGACACAAAACUUGCACAACAAUAGUCAUUGAAAGAGCCCUUUUUGAGUUCUCAAAAAAAGCUCUCACCUUUGGAGAGAGAGAAAAAAGGAAAGAAAAAAUGGAUUCAAUUCUUGAAAAGAGAUCUCUUGCAGUUUUCUUGUUUUUGAUCUCAACUUUAAGUCAUCUCUCAUUUGGAGCAGUUCACAAAGUGGGAGAUUCAGCUGGUUGGACCACCAUUGCCAAUGUUGAUUACAAGCAAUGGGCUAUUUCUAAAUCCUUUCAAAUUGGUGAUAUUAUAGUGUUUGAGUACAACUCUCAAUUUCACAACGUGAUGCGUGUCACGCACGCCGAGUACAAGACGUGCAACGUCUCGUCCCCGAUCACGACUCACACGUCGGGCAACGACUCCAUCGCCAUCGACACCCGCGGGCACCACUUCUUCGUGUGCGGCGUGCCCGGGCACUGCCAGGCGGGGCAAAAGGUCGAUAUCAACGUCCCCCGGGCGCCUUCCGUGGCACCUAGCCCGUCGGGAUCUGCCUCGGCCUCGGCCUCUCCGGCUCCUCCGUUGGCUGCCGGAGCACCGGCUCCGAGUAGUGGAGCCUCUUUAUCGGCACUAAGUGUCCCUUUUGAUCAAUUGGGAUAUAUGCUGCUUUUGCAACUAGCAUGCAUUGUUGGUGGAUUGUUUUAGCUUUGCUAGUGACAAUUAUCUGUGUCUACUAAGAUUAAAUAAUUCGACUAUCGAGUUGUGAAAUUUUUACUUUAUUCCAUUUUUUUGUUACAUUUCGGGUGUUAUUUUUCAUAUUUUAUUUCAAUGAUACAUGUGUAUACAUUGCGACACCUAAAUAUAACAGAAAAUUUAGUAUCAUGUUUGUUCUAUGCCUUCAUGAAAUUGAUUAGAACUUUGAAGAUUA